ACAGGCGUUCUGUCAAAAUACACUACCAAUAAAGUGCUACCCAACGCUACUGGGCAUGCGUACGCAUGCGCGUUAAUCCUAAAGUGUCGGAACAAUAUAAUCAAAAUUAACUAAACUUAUCUCGUGUAAACAGUUACUCGCGCUACAAGUAAGAAUUAUAUUAAAAUGUGUUUCUUUAAUUGUGUCUCAGUAAGCACGUAGACACUUACAGCGCGAGGAAGUUCCCGACAUUGACUCAAAUAUUGGUAGCCCACAGCAACUGGUAGUUUUUUUCACGAACGAAGCUCAUUUCGACAGACCACUGGAAGUAGCACAAAACGUUACUUAGACGGCUAAUGAGCGCUUUCAGAUGCAAGAUGGCCGCCGUGCUCAAGCUUGACGAUUGGGCGUUGCUAGGCAACUUCAAUAGCAAUGGUACCAAAAGGAGAACGAGAAGGACAGGAGCUGGACAAGUUGCUAAGCUAUCAGCUUUCUGGUGGUAAAAUGGGCUCCGAGUCAGUCAAGGUGGUGGUCAGGUGCAGGCCUCUAAACGACAGGGAGAAGGCACUGAGUUCAAAGAUGAUUGUGACCGUGGACCUGCAGCGCUGCCAGUGUUUCAUAAAAAAGCCAGCAUCGACAGACGAGCCCGCUAAAAAAUUCACCUUUGAUGGGACUUACUUCACUGAUCAAACCACAGAGGAGAUGUACAACGAGAGUGCCUAUCCGUUGGUGGAGGGGGUCACAGAGGGCUACAAUGGCACCAUAUUUGCUUAUGGUCAAACAGGAAGUGGCAAGUCCUUCACCAUGCAAGGAGUGUCUGAGCCUUCGGCCCAGAGGGGCAUCAUCCCACGAGCCUUUGAGCACAUUUUUGAGAGCAUUCAGUGUGCAGAAAAUACCAAAUUCCUGGUGAGAGCAUCCUACCUGGAGAUUUACAAUGAGGAAAUUCGAGACCUACUGGGGAACGACACCAAGCAGAGAUUAGAGCUGAAAGAGCACCCGGAGCGUGGGGUGUAUGCGCGGGACCUCUCCAUGCACACGGUGCACAGUGUGGCCCAGUGCCAGACCAUCAUGGAACGGGGCUGGAGGAAUCGAGCUGUGGGCUUCACGCUGAUGAACAAAGACUCGUCCCGCUCACACUCCAUUUUUUGCAUCCACCUGGAGAUGUGUCGUACUGUUUUGUCCACUCAUGCAGACGCUGAAGGCCAGGGUCAUCUACGAGCUGGGAAACUCAACCUGGUGGAUCUGGCAGGAAGCGAGCGUCAGUCCAAAACCGGGGCGACCGGCGAGCGCCUGCGUGAGGCCACCAAGAUCAACCUGUCGCUCUCGGCACUGGGAAACGUCAUUUCAGCCCUGGUGGACGGGCGCUCCAAAUACAUACCCUACAGGGACUCCAAGCUGACCAGGCUGCUGCAGGACUCCCUGGGUGGGAACACCCGGACUUUGAUGAUUGCCUGUCUCUCCCCCGCAGACAACAACUACGAAGAGAGCCUUAGCACGCUGCGCUACGCUAACCGCGCUAAAAGCAUCCAGAACCGGCCGUGCAUCAACGAGGACCCAAAGGAUGCUCUGUUGCGAGAGUAUCAGGAGGAGAUCAGGAAGUUACGGGCCCUCAUCUCAGGCCAGCUGGGCUCUGCUAACCUUCCAUCUCUCAUGUCAGGGCUUCCAGCAGAGACGCAACAUCCUAGCAACACUGAGGGCGAAAAAGAGAUUAAAAAGGACUACGAAGACAGGCUGGCCAGGUUGCAGGCCGACUUCAGCGCAGAGCAGAAGUCCAAGGCCAAGCUGCAAGAGGACAUAGCAGCCCUGCGCUCCUCUUACCAGACCAAACUGUCUCACCUGGAGAAAGUCAAAUCCAGCGGGGGGCGCUCUGCCCCAGAGAACGUGAGCUCCAGCAGCGUGACAGAAGAGGAGCGUUCCCAUCUCAACGCCCAGACAUCAGCCGGCAGCACAAACCAGGACACCUCAGAUAAGGUUGCAGUGCAGCUGAUCCAGUCGACUGUGCCCUGUGACACUGCUGCUGCUGCUGCCACCGUCCAAAUAAGUCCAGGUGGAGUCACAGAGACACCUGUAGAUCUGGAGCAGAAAGAAGCCCGAGAGAGGCUGCAGAGGUUGGAGCAGGAGGUGGUCGGUGGGGAGCAGGCCCGUAACAAAGAAUUCCAGCAACGACAGCGACAGAGGAGGAAGGUGGCUGAUCAGAGGAAAGCUCAACUUGUCAAAGCUUUGUCUGACAACAGCGAGGAGAGCGACAACGUGCUUUUCAGCGUCUAUGACUCCAUCCAAGAGGAGGUCCACGCCAAAGGCCAGAUGCUGCUCAAGGUCCAGGGAAAGCUCAAAGCGGCAAAACUGGAGAUCCGUGACCUGCAGGCCGAGUUUGAGGAGGAGAGGAACGACUACCUGGCCAUCAUCCGCCGCCUGGAGCGCGAGGGACAGCUCCUGCACGGACUGCUGGAGAGGAUGGCCCCCCUGGUGCGCCGCGACUGCAACUACAGCAGCCUGGACCGCCUGAAGAAGGAGGCCGUCUGGGACGAGGAGAGCGUCACCUGGAGACUUCCAGAUGUGACAGUCCAGAGGACGACGCUGCCUACAGCAGUGGCUCCAAAGCUCUCCCCUCCCAGAAGCCUGACUGCUGAGACAGAAGCGUUAGUGGUGGACGAUGACAGGUACAAGCAGAUGCUGGAUCGCAGUGACAGUGAGAACAUCGCCAACACCUACUUUAGGUCAAAGAGGGCCAGCCAGCUUCUUGGGGGCCAAACAACCAAGGGACACGCCACAUACUCCCCCUCCUUCCUCAACGCGAACACAAGCAUGGAGUCUGCCAUGCCCCGCCCCUUCCGCCUGGAGUCCCUGACUGUCCCCGCAUCCACUGGUAAGACCAGGCGUAAAAAAAACAAAUAUCAUCAAUAACGGAAGCCAGCGACAGAAUUGAUUUCAACUUUGGACCAUCAGUGUGUUACGUCAUGUUAUUACUACUCUGUCAUUUAGUAGUGCAUCUCAAUAAAGUGGAAUCUUUUUGAAAGCUAAUUCAUCUCAGUAGUUCAGUUCAAAAAGUGGAACUCCUACUCUUCAAAUUCACUAUGGACAGAAAUAUUUCAAGAAUGUCCCUUAAUUAUCUAAAUAUCUAAAACAACAAAUUCAGUACCUCAUCAAAUUUUAGAAAUGUGUCAAACUGUUUAAUAUUGUGAACAAAUUAAAAAAAAUGCGCUGCAAAAACCCUUUGAGCCUCGACUAGGUCUCUUUGUCUUAAUUAAAGUCCCAAUUUCACAUUGUGCACAAUAUUCUAAUUAAUUGAGAUGCGCUACUAUAAAAUCUUUACUUAAAAACUGUAAAACUUAGUUUUAGCGUAAAAACUAACUGUAACCAUCUUUACACCAAUCAACAUUAUCAGUUAGAAUGCUGAAAAUUAUUUUUCAUAAUACAUGUACAGUCAGUGUUAAUAAAUCUUUCAGUAUAUUGACGAUGUUGCUGAUACUCAUUAUCUUUGUGUUGAUAAACCGAGUCAUGUUAAGGUGGUCUGAGGUACAUUGAUGGCGUAGAAAGCAGAGAAAGGACAGACUGCUUAGU